GGCGGCCGCGGCGGCCCAGCAGUUGGCGGCGAGCGCGUCUGCGCCUGCGCGGCGGGCCCCGCGCCCCUCCUUCCCCCCCGGGCGCCCCCGGCGGCGUGUGAAUGGCGGCCUCGGCGGCGGCGGCCUCGGCAGCAGCGGCCUCGGCCGCCUCUGGCAGCCCUGGCCCGGGCGAGGGCUCCGCUGGCGGCGAAAAGCGCAGCACCGCCUCUUCGGCCGCGGCCUCGGCGUCGGCCUCGGCCGCGGCGUCGUCGCCCGCGGGGGGCGGCGCCGAGGCGCUGGAGCUGCUGGAGCACUGCGGCGUGUGCAGAGAGCGCCUGCGACCCGAGAGGGAGCCCCGCCUGCUGCCUUGUUUGCACUCGGCCUGUAGUGCCUGCCUCGGCCCCGCGGCGCCCGCCUCCGCCAACAGUUCGGGGGACGGCGGGGCGGCGGGAGACGGCGCAGUGGUGGACUGUCCCGUGUGCAAGCAACAGUGCUUCUCCAAAGAUAUCGUGGAGAAUUAUUUCAUGCGUGAUAGUGGCAGCAAGACUGCUACCGACGCCCAGGAUGCGAAUCAGUGCUGCACUAGCUGUGAGGAUAAUGCCCCAGCCACCAGCUACUGUGUGGAGUGCUCGGAGCCUCUGUGUGAGACCUGUGUAGAGGCACACCAGCGGGUGAAGUACACCAAGGACCACACUGUGCGCUCUACUGGGCCAGCUAAGUCUCGGGAUGGUGAACGUACCGUCUAUUGCAACGUACACAAGCAUGAACCCCUUGUGCUGUUUUGUGAGAGCUGUGAUACUCUCACUUGCCGAGACUGCCAGCUCAAUGCCCACAAGGACCACCAGUACCAGUUCUUAGAGGAUGCAGUGAGGAACCAGCGUAAGCUCCUGGCCUCACUGGUGAAGCGCCUUGGGGACAAACAUGCAACAUUGCAGAAGAGCACCAAGGAGGUUCGCAGCUCGAUCCGCCAGGUGUCUGAUGUACAGAAGCGUGUGCAAGUGGAUGUCAAGAUGGCUAUCCUUCAGAUCAUGAAGGAGCUGAAUAAGCGGGGCCGUGUGCUGGUCAAUGAUGCCCAGAAAGUGACUGAGGGGCAGCAGGAGCGCCUGGAACGGCAGCACUGGACCAUGACCAAGAUCCAGAAGCACCAGGAGCACAUCUUGCGCUUUGCUUCUUGGGCUCUGGAGAGUGACAACAACACAGCCCUUCUGCUUUCGAAGAAGUUGAUCUACUUUCAACUGCACCGGGCCCUCAAGAUGAUUGUGGAUCCUGUGGAGCCACAUGGCGAGAUGAAGUUUCAGUGGGACCUCAAUGCCUGGACCAAGAGUGCAGAGGCCUUUGGCAAGAUUGUGGCAGAGCGUCCUGGCACUAACUCGACAGGCCCUGCACCCAUGGCCCCUCCAAGAGCCCCAGGGCCACUGAGCAAGCAGGGCUCUGGCAGCAGCCAGCCUAUGGAGGUGCAGGAAGGCUAUGGUUUUGGGUCAGAUGAUCCCUACUCAAGUGCAGAGCCCCAUGUAUCAGGUGUGAAACGGUCCCGCUCAGGUGAGGGCGAGGUGAGCGGCCUUAUGCGCAAGGUCCCACGAGUGAGCCUUGAACGCUUGGACCUGGACCUCACUGCUGACAGCCAGCCACCCGUCUUCAAGGUCUUCCCAGGCAGUACCACUGAGGACUACAACCUUAUUGUUAUUGAACGUGGCGCUGCUGCUGCAGCUGCUGGCCAGCCAGGGACUGUGCCUGCAGGAACCCCUGGUGCCCCACCCCUGGCUGGCAUGGCCAUUGUCAAGGAGGAGGAAACAGAGGCUGCCAUUGGAGCCCCUCCUGCUGCCACUGAGGGCCCUGAGACCAAACCUGUGCUUAUGGCUCUUGCGGAGGGUCCUGGUACUGAGGGUCCUCGCCUGGCCUCACCCAGUGGCAGCACCAGCUCAGGGCUGGAGGUGGUGGCUCCUGAAGGUACCUCAGCUCCAGGUGGUGGUCCGGGAACCCUGGAUGACAGUGCCACCAUUUGCCGUGUCUGCCAGAAGCCAGGUGAUCUGGUCAUGUGCAACCAGUGUGAGUUUUGUUUCCACCUGGACUGCCACCUGCCUGCCCUGCAGGAUGUUCCAGGGGAGGAGUGGAGUUGCUCACUCUGCCAUGUGCUCCCUGAUCUGAAGGAGGAGGAUGGCAGCCUCAGCCUGGAUGGUGCAGACAGCACUGGCGUGGUGGCCAAGCUCUCGCCAGUCAACCAGCGGAAAUGUGAGCGUGUGCUGUUGGCCCUGUUCUGUCAUGAGCCCUGCCGCCCCCUGCAUCAGCUGGCUACUGACUCCACCUUCUCCCUGGACCAGCCUGGUGGCACCCUGGAUCUGACCCUGAUCCGUGCCCGUCUCCAGGAGAAGUUGUCACCUCCCUACAGCUCCCCACAGGAGUUUGCCCAGGAUGUGGGCCGAAUGUUCAAGCAAUUCAACAAGUUAACUGAGGACAAGGCAGACGUGCAGUCCAUCAUCGGCCUGCAGCGCUUCUUCGAGACGCGCAUGAACGAGGCCUUCGGCGACACCAAGUUCUCUGCUGUGCUGGUGGAGCCCCCUCCGAUGAGCCUGCCUGGUGCUGGCCUGAGUGCCCAGGAGCUGUCUGGUGGCCCUGGUGAUGGUCCCUGAGGCUGCAGCCCCCAUUGCCAGCCCAGCUUGGCUGUAUUCUCUGUCCUGUCACCCCAUCCCCGCUCCCCUGGUGGCCUGACUCCCACUCCUUGGUGGCCCCAUCCCCCAGUUCCUCACGAUAUGGUUUUUACUUCUGUGGAUUUAAUAAAAACUUCACCAGUUCCUCA